ACUCAGUUAGACAGGUAAAUGGAUGUGACAGAUUUGGAGGGAUAUGGACCCAAUACGGGCAGGUGGGACGAGUGUGGAUGGGUCGGUGGUCGAUGUGUGAAAGUUGGGCCGAAGGGCCUGUUUCCACACUCUAUGACUGACUCUCUUUGACUCUAUGGGGCAUCAUGUAGCAUCUGCGGAUCGGCAUUUGCGGUGGUAAUAAUGAACAGCCAUGAGCCAGUGCAAUCUUUCGCUUGUUCACGUUGCAAAGUUUCUCCCUUGUCAGUUUUGCCCGUGCCCGUGCUGGAGUGCCCGUGUUCCAUUCAACUUUAAUUGAAUAUGGAUGUGCUGUAUAUAGAAUUCCUGUCGCCCUGUCGUACUUCAAAGUCGAAAGAACUCUGGAAGUAGGCGGUGAGAGCCAAUAUGACCCCUUUUACUUCACUCAUAUGUGCAUUGAUUUGGUACAGGCAACCUUUAGACUUUGAGUCGUGAAUUACUGCGCAUUACAACAGGAUAGUAUCACAGACCACUUUUACAAGCACGACACACGUCGGGUAGUCAAAAUAGCCUCCAAAACGGCAACUUUACUGACAUUUGUAGUGAUGUUCUGUCUCCUCAGGUCUUUUCUAAAUGAUCUGAUACACAAGUAGAAGGGCAGCCUGUGGGGUUUAUCAUUUCUAAAAUGACAAAGAUAUCUAAAUAUAGAUUUAAUGUGCUUUUUAAUAAAACAGUGCUGAUGCUGUGACUGUGAUCAUGUUAUGUUCAGCGAUACGGAGGUAGACAAAAAUGCUGGAGAAACUCAGCGGGUGAGGGAGCGAAGGAAAUCAGCGAUACGGAUUCAGUUGGUCCGUUUAGAUAAAAUAUUUCUAUUCCGUUUUCAUUGUUGAUUAAACAGUUACCGAAUAUAAUAUUUAAAACUCGCAAUCUGUUUAGUGUAUAUAUGCGGGGGGUUCAUACAGAACAUUAUAGAUUGUUUGUUUAUAAAGAAGGGACAACUGUGACAAUCCUUUUCAUUCUGCUGGAUGUAUGAAGCUUUUUAGAAACACAAGUCUCUAAAAUAAGACCUGCGUGUUUCACAGGGGCGAAUAUUUUGAGGAAGAAUCUGGCAAUUUCUGAUUGGCUUCGACGAGCAUACCGGUUUGAUUGGUUUGGAUAAUUAAACACACGGUGACAUAUCGUCAUUCCAUUUAUAAAGAGAGCCAGAGAGCAAGAUUACACGCCACUUGUCCUGGAAACUGCCGCCCCAUCGGAGCUCAGUCGGUUAAUGAACAUGUCUUAUUGGAUCCGUGUGGUCGGUGCGUUGGUGUUUUGCGCAGUUUACAUAAGCGCGGCUGUUACAGUAACUCAGCCGCCUUCGAUGUCCACCUCUACGGGACAGAACAUACAAAUACCCUGCACCAUAUCGGGUGCCAGUUCGGGCGCUAACUAUGUCUCGUGGUACCAACAGAUUCCUGGCAAAACUCCCAAGUAUCUAUUCUACUAUUAUACCGGCAGCACCAUUUAUAAAGGCACGGACAUUCCAGACCGUUAUUCCAUCUCGGUGUCAGGCAGCUCUGUAACAUUCGCAAUAUCUAGCGUUCAAUCGGUGGAUGCUGCUGACUAUUACUGUGCCAAAUGGGAUAGUGGUUUACAUUUCGGUAAAGGAACGAGGCUGGGUAUUGGCGAUCCUCGGGCACCGAUCGUGACGGUCCUGCCGCCUUCAGCCGAUGAAGUUACCUCAAAGGGCACCGCCACCCUGGUUUGUUUGGUGAACGGCUUUAAUCCGGGCUCGGUCGCCGUUGAGUGGACAGUCGACGGCAGUGCAAGAAAUAGCGACGUUGAGACCAGCCCGAUCCAGCAGGAUAAGGACAACACGUUCAGUCUCAGCAGUUACCUGACUCUGACAGCCUCAGACUGGAACUUACACGACCUUUACUCCUGUGUGGUUAAACACCAGGCUCAGGCAAACCCACUUAAGACAACUAUCGAGAGAUCCAGCUGUAUCUGAUGUUGGAAACGUGAGGCUGACCUGACUAAGUUAGUUUAUCAUCAUUGGGUUCGUCCAUGUGACAAAGUUAGUAAUGUAUUGGACUUCGGUGUUUUCGUUCAGAAAUGCCAUUUGUAGUUGAAACUUCGAUUUUUAUGACUUGUUCACUUUAAAUGUAGUUCUUUCGAAAGAAUGUCGUUCUUGAAUGAAGCAUCAAGUAGAUUCAAUUGCGUUAUCCAACAGCAUGGAUGUUGUUAUUGUACCCAUGGUAUCUUUGUAGCCGUUCAAUAAAGUUUAAAAAAACGCAUUUCAAAUGCAUUGUUGAUUCCCUUUGGUUUAUUUCUGACCCGAACCAUGAUGGCUUAACACGGGUUGCGUUGUCUCGUAGAUUUGAGCUAGCAACACUGAUUUUGAUUCUCUAUUUCGA